AUGGCACGUACUCAACGGCAGAACAAUUCUGCUGCUUUGAGCGUACCACAAAACACGUUCGUCCUUGAUAAUGGAGCAUAUACAGUCAAGGCAGGCUUUGCGCCAAACGAACUCCUUUCCGAUAAUGAAAGCCUAAAGUCAUGCGAGACCAUUCCUAACUGUCUAGUACGGUCUAAGGAACGCAAGACGUACGUAGCAGCUCAGUCAAAUGAGCUGUCACAAUGGAGCGAAGCCGUCUUUCGUAGGCCUAUCGAGAACGGCCAGCUUGUCAAUUGGGAAGCAGAAAAAGAAAUCUGGGAUCAUGCUUUCUUCGACCAGUCUACCGCACACCGAAACACCUUUAUAUCCACACCUUCGGAGACUACCUUGUUGUUGACGGAGUCUUCCAACGUCAUGCCUGCGCUGCAGAGAAAUACAGACGAGGUCAUCAUGGAAGAGUGGGGAUUUAGAGGAUAUAUGAGGACCACUGGUUCUUCACUCAAUGCGUACAACCACCUGCGUGCACUUUUCGACACUGCAAUCACGCCCGAUGCACAACCUAGCUCCACAAAACUACCAGCUGAUUGCCUGCUCGUUGUUGAUAGUGGAUACUCAUGUACCACCAUUACUCCAUGCUUUCAAGGCCGUCCGAUCCAAAGAGCGAUCCGCCGACUCGAUUUUGGAGGGAAGCACCUGACAAACUACUUGAAGGAAAUUGUGUCAGUUCGUCAUUUUGACCUCCACCAGGAUAUGAAAAUAGUCAAUGACCUGAAAGAAGAUAUUUCUUUUGUCAGCAUCGAUUUCAAACGCGACCUUGAACAGGCUUGGAAAGGCAGCAGACGCUCAAACAAGCCGGUACAGAUUAUACCAGAUGCAAUGGACCUAGGAGAAGACGAGUCUGCAAAGGAUACACGAAUCGACUACGUACUUCCUGACGGUGUCAAUCUUACCAGAGGUUAUGCUCGACCUUAUGAUCCUUCCAGAGAGAUAGCUAAUCGACGCAAGCUUGCUGCUGCUCAAAAUAUAGAUGAAAUUGUGAUGACCUUGGGAAAUGAGCGAUUUGUUGUUCCGGAGAUCAUGUUCAACCCAGCAGAUAUUGGAUCCAAACAACCCGGCCUAGCUGACGCUGUCGUCCAGUCGUUAUCCAAACUACCUCCUCUGAUUCAAGCCACAAUGAUUGCGAACGUUCUGGUGGUGGGAGGUACUGCCAAGAUUCCAGGUUUUGUGUCACGUUUGCAGGACGAGCUACGGACGAGGAUCAGAACUGAAUGGCCUGUUCAAGUAAGAAGAAUGGACGACCCCGUCACAAGUACUUGGCUAGGGGGAGCUCGACUUGCAUCCAGCCACCAAGAAGUCAUGCAAAAGAUGGUGGUGACAAGAGAGCAAUACCACGAAUACGGCAGUGCGUGGCUUGCAAGACAGUUUGCUUCUGUCCGUUGA